AUUUUUAACUAUCUUUGUUAUUGUAGAGUAAUGAGCAAGUAAAAUCGAAAGAGAUUAUAGCAGAAGUAUAAUAUUAUGUCACUUCAACUAUUACUUGAUCAUGGAGCUGCUGAACAAAUAAUGACUGCCAAACCAAGUUGUAGUGGUUGGUUGAAUAAGAGAAACAACAGUGGGAGAGUGCAGCCUCGCUUUUGCAUCAUUGUGCGUGGUUACUUUCUGUAUUACUUGGAAGAAACCAGUAAAAAACCAAGAGGAGGGUUUACCCUGGCUGGUUACAGUGCAUCUCCUGCGGUACAUGAUCCAAGGUUUAGAUAUGCGUUUGUUAUAGAAUGUAAACAAUUUAGCCAUCAGCGGGAUUAUUUCUUCGCUGCAGAUAAUGAACGAGACCAAAGGUACUGGAUGUAUUAUACGAAUAAAGAAGCAAAAUUGAACUAUCCUGACAUUCAAACCACACAUGUUCAUGAUUGGAUACAAGUCACACAAAAAGAUGCGGAAAAGACACAAAAUCAAUAUGAAUAUACGAAGCCACACCCACCUGAAAUUAAAAAAGAUGACGUAAUGGUGGAAAUACCGACAAAAAAUUCUCCACAAUUGCCACACAGAAAAAAGAAUGGAAAACAGCACGUGGAAAAGGAUAUGGUUGGUUCACAUCCGCCUGCUAUUCCUGAUAAUGACUACCUCAAACUGUUGCCAGAGAUUAAGAUCAAUGAAAAGAUGCAAAGAAAUGAAGCUGAAAAACUGCUUGUUGAAAAUGGUAGAGCUGGUGUGUAUAUUGUGAGAAAUAAUGGGAAAGACGUGUCGAAUGUGUUGAGUGUUUACACUGGCUCAAGUUGCAAGCACUACAUCAUUUUUUGUAGAGAGAAUCAAAAAUUUCUACACGAUGUACCUGAGCCUAAAUUUCACGAACUUUCAGAUUUACUAAGGUAUUAUAGCCGUAACAAAUUACCUACUUGCGACGCAAGACUUUCGCAGCCUCUCAUGGAACUUUAUAGUGAUUACGGUGAGUCAUAAAUAAAAUGGCAGAGGAGUUGUUAAAAGGGGUACAGUUAUUUGGGAAAACGUCAGCUGAAGUUUGGACCACGUGGCGAAUUUUAAAGAUGAACAUGUAUAUAUGAUUAAGUUGUAAAAUACUGGAAUCUAACUUGAUGUAAAUAAAAAUUAAGAAAUAGCUAUUUAUUAUAUUUUUAGCUUUUUUUUAUUUUAUAAUUUUAAAUCUUGUCAGUGACAAUUUUUGUUUUGUAAAUAUUUAUAUUUUUUUAUUUUUUGCAUUUUUAUGUGAUUAUAUCUUAUUUUUACUUAUGUUUGCAAGUUUUCACCACUUUUUGUAGCUAAUUAUUUUUUAUGGACAAUUUAGAGUCGAAAUCGAAUAGAAAUAUCAAACAAUUUAUAAAA